UUUCCACCCCAGUUACUCAUAUACCCUUUGCGCUGCCCGAGAUACACAACAGUGACUCAUUUUGCUCUCCUUUUGUGUUAUAUGUACUAACUCGUCUCCCUGAUCAAUCAAAACUGGGUCAAGGGCAAAAUCCAGCAAAAUACUCUGCAGGCCUUUUCUUCUGCGCCCACCUCCAGCUUGGAGACGGCUACAUCGUUUCAACAUGGCUCUCAAUGCUGCAUCCCACAAUGUCACUGGUGACCCAACAGGCUCUCCGUCAGGUCCUCCUCCUCCAGUCUCCUCCGAGAUAGCUUCUGCAGCCCAAACCGCGGCCAAAAAGGAUGCCCUGGGCAACAAUGUGCCUGGCAAAGAUCAACAAGAUAAUGACAGCGGGCAAACUGUGAUGGGCGCCGCAGGAAAGCCGAAAACUGCCAAAGAAAUUGAAAAGGAGCGUAAGAAGGCCGAAAAGCUCGCCAAAUUCCAGGAGAAGCAAUCCAAAAAGCAAGUUCCCGCAGCUGAUACCGCAUCGAAAGCCCCGAAGAAGGAGAAAGUCAAGAAAGCCGCUGCUGUUGACGCCUACGAACCACAGAAGAUCGAAAGCGGCCGAUACGAGUGGUGGGAGAGCAGGGGAUUUUUCAAACCACAAUUUACGAAAGAUGGCAAGAUCAAGCCAGAAGGCAAAUUCGUCAUUCCGAUUCCUCCCCCAAAUGUCACGGGCUCCUUACAUAUGGGCCAUGCUCUUACCAAUUCUCUGCAAGAUACAAUGAUUCGGCAUGCGAGAAUGAAAGGGAAGACGACAGCGUGGAUCCCUGGUUGUGACCAUGCGGGUAUUGCGACUCAAAGCGUUGUGGAAAGGAUGGUCUACAAGACAGAGGGCAAAACACGACAUGACCUAGGCCGGGACGUUUUGCUGGAGAAGAUUUGGAGCUGGAAAGAGAAGUAUCAUAGCAACAUUACCAACCAGUUGAAGCGUCUGGGAGGCUCAAUGGAUUGGAGUCGAGAGGCUUUCACCAUGGAUGAGAACCUCUCCCUUGCCGUACGCAAGACUUUCAUCGACCUGUUCGACGAAGGUAUUAUCUACAGGGCGAACCGAUUGGUGAACUGGUGUUCUGCAUUGAGCACUUCACUUUCCAAUCUCGAAGUGGACAACAAGGAACUGAAAGGGCGGACGAAGCUGAAAGUACCGGGCUACGACAAGAUGAUCGAGUUCGGUGUCCUGACAUACUUCAAAUAUCCGAUCAGCAAAGGGGACGACUCGCACAAAACGUCAACCUCCCCUACCAGAUUCCAAGGCUAUGAGUUCAUCGAAAUUGCAACAACACGUCCGGAGACCAUGCUUGGUGAUACGGGUAUCGCCGUACAUCCAAACGACAAAAGGUACCAGCAUCUUGUGGGCAAGACCGCUAUUCACCCCUUCAUACCGGACCGAAAUAUCGUUAUUUUUGCAGACGAGGAAGUAGAGAUGGACUUCGGUACGGGUGCCGUGAAAAUUACACCUGCACAUGAUACCAACGAUUUCAACAAGGGCAAAAAGCACAAUCUCGAAUUUAUCAACAUCCUGAAUGACGAUGGCACACUCAAUGCCAACGCCGGACCUUUCGCUGGACAGAAGCGUUUCGACGUCCGUUAUGGAGUCAUCAAUGCUCUGAAAGAGCUUGAUCUCUAUACCAAGCAAGAAGACAAUGCAAUGACAAUCCCCAUGUGCCAGAGGAGCAAGGAUGUAAUUGAGCCAGUGUUGAAGCCGCAAUGGUGGAUGAGAAUGGCCGACCUUGCUAAAGCUGCAGAUGAAGCUGUGCUUGAUGGAAGAAUUGCCAUCAAACCUGAAACGGAGUCUCGACGCUUCCAUUUUUGGAUGCAGAAUAUCCAAGAUUGGUGCAUCUCUCGACAGUUGUGGUGGGGCCACCGUGCACCUGCAUAUUUCAUUGAGCUUGAGGGCGAAGCUAGUGACGAGGGCGACGAUAAGUUCUGGGUGUGCGCUUACGAUGAAGAGGAAGCCCGUGCGAAGGCAGAAAAGAAAUUCCCAGGCAAAAAGUUCACCUUGAGGUGGGAUGAGGAUGUGCUGGACACCUGGUUCUCCUCAGGCCUCUGGCCCUUCUCGACCCUUGGUUGGCCCAAAGAGACGUCAGAUAUGCGGGAGUUAUACCCGACCUCCAUGCUGGAGACUGGUUGGGAUAUCCUCUUUUUCUGGGUUGCUCGAAUGGUCAUGCUCGGAUUGAAAUUGACUGGUGAUGUUCCGUUCACGGAGGUCUACUGCCACUCCUUGAUCCGAGAUGCCGAAGGAAGAAAGAUGUCGAAGUCGCUAGGAAACGUUGUCGAUCCCCUGGACAUCAUCAGAGGUAUCACGCUGGAAGACCUCCACAAGACACUCUACGCCGGCAAUCUCGACCCCGUCGAAAUUGAACGGGCCAAGGCAUAUCAGAAGUCGGCGUUUCCCAAGGGUAUCGAGGAAUGCGGCUCCGACGCUCUACGGUUCACAUUGGUCAACUAUACGACGGGCGGAGGUGAUAUUGCAUUCGACAUCAGAGAAAUCGAAGCGAAGCGACGAUUCUGCAACAAAAUCUAUCAGGCCACCAAUUUUGCGUUGGGGAGGCUGGGUGAAGAAUUCGUUCCCGAUGCGAAGCUGACCGACAACGAGCCCGUAUCGCUUUCUGAGAAGUGGAUCCUCCACAGACUCAACACUGCCACCAAAGAGGUCAAUGAAGCGAUUGAAGGGCGCGAAUUCUCCGUGGCUGCUGGUACCUUGUACCAGUACUGGUUCACUCAACUUUGCGACACUUUUAUCGAGAAUUCGAAAUACAUUUUGACUCCUGAAGCUCCGGAGGACCAGAGGAAGUCUGCCCAGCAGACAUUGUACACAGCACUCGAAGGAGGUCUGCUGCUUAUGCAUCCGCUCAUGCCAUUCUUGACGGAGCACUUGUGGCAGAAACUGCCCCGGCGCAAGGGCGACACUACCGAGAGUAUUAUGAUCGCCAAGUAUCCGGAGUUCAUCGAGAAGCUCAAUAAUCCCAUGGAAGCUGAGAAGUACGAGUUUAUCAUGGCCAUCGCUACUGGCAUACGCAGCCUGCUUUCACAAUACGGCUUCAAGGAGCCUGGAGAUCUCAUCAUCCAGACGUACUCGGAAGCUGCUUUCAACACUGUUUCUGAAGAGCGCACGUCUCUCAAAUCACUUGGCGGAAAGUAUGCUGGUGAGAUAGAGGUCCUUCCGCCUAGCGCAACCUCUCUCCCCCCUGCUGGAUGUGCCCUUCAGAGCAUCAAUGCCGAUGCGGCAGUGUACUUGAAGGUUGUUGGCAAGAUUGACCUCGUCGAGGAGCUGAAGAAGCGAGAGAAGGGCGUCGAGGAUGCGAAAGCACGUGUUGAGAAGAGCAAAAAGAUCAUGACUGCGGCUGGCUGGGAAAAGGCGAACCCGGAAACCAAGACCAAGGAACAAGAGAAGCUUGAGGACGCAGAAAGCGAAGUGAAGAGGCUUGAAGAAGCCAUCAGAGAUCUAGAGAGAUUGAAGAUGGAGGGCUAGAAGGCUUGCAAUGAGGGUUUUCGGGCUCAUGCGAGGCUUCAAAAAUGUUUAAGUAGAUAACUCAUAUACCGAGGGCUUGACACUUGUAGAACAGCUGAUCUGAAUUACCUAGGUAUUCACCA